UUGCACGGGGAGAAGCAGAUAGGCCUAACUUCCCGGCCUUAAUAUGAAAGCGAUGAGUGGAAGUAUUGAUGUAAGUGGCACAGGGAAAGGCUCCUGCAAGUGUCGGGAAAAGGAAGGGGGCCAUAGUCUAACGGUGAUCGUCCACUUCAACAUGCUGUGCCGGUACGUGAGCGUGCUGGGGGUCAUCCUCAUCGUGUACCUGUGUCUGGGGGCACUCAUGUUCCACCACAUCGAGCACCCCAGGGAGGCCCAGGUCAGAGAAGUCCAGCUCGGCUCCGUCAAAGACUUUAUGGCUAACUACACCUGUCUGUCACCUGCUGACUUCGAGGUGUUCAUCAUGAAGAUGAUGGCUGCUUAUGAUGAAGGCGUCCUCGUCACCACCAACACCACCUCCAAGGACAACUGGGACUUCUUCAGCUGCCUCUUGUUUUCGCUUACUAUCGUCACUACCAUUGGAUACGGCAACAUGUCCCCAGUGACCCCAGGGGGGCAGGCCUUCUGUGUGUUCUAUGCUCUGGUAGGAAUACCCCUGUGUGGAGCCUUCAUCGUCAACAUUGGCGUCAAGUUGCAGCUUCCAAUGCGCAAACUCUUGGACAAAGUGUUCUUUCCAAAACAUCCAAAUGUUGAGUUAUACUUGAAGAACGGCCUAUUCGUGCUAGUUGGACUUCUAAUAUGGCUGUUUAUACCAGCAGUGGUUUUUUCGACGGCCGAAAAAUGGACUUACGGAGAGUCGCUUUAUUAUUGUGUCAUCACCAUGACAACAGUGGGUUUUGGUGACUAUGUGCCAGGGCAACAAGCGAAGAGGUAUAGGGAGAUAUAUCGGGUACUGGUGGUGGUGUGGAUCUUAAUGGGCUACGCAUGGCUCGCAAUGCUUCUCAGCAAGAUUACGGACACAGUCGUUCAGGUCAACAAUACCAUCAAAGAAAAAAGACGAGCAUCGUUUAGGGAGUCGUCUAUUAGCGAAGAUGGCGAAAGUAAUACGACCAGUGGGAAGGACACGAAAAAGGUGAAGGACAAGUUUGAGAUCAAGGACAUGGAAGAGGCGAAGGACACAUCUAUGGCCACCACCAGUCUGUAGUCACGUGACAUCGGAAUAUCGUUCUGUGAAUAAUGGCGUCACAUGACAUUCAUAUUGGAUGAUGGCGUCGAGAAUCUGAAAAACUUGGAAUCCAAAAUGGGUUUGUCACAGUGUCUGUACAUCAGUUGGUGCUAUUCCGUACAAAUAGUUAGACUCCGUGUACAUAGUGAGUGUGUUCGAGUUUACGCGGCACGUCAGUUUAAUGAGAACCAAAAUCUCCCAGACUGUUCAACAUGGUGACGAAACACAUCAGCACGGGUAUAGUGCCGACAGACCAAUGAUCUUUAUCAUGGCGAAACUGGGAUUCGAACCCGCGACCAGCUUACAUUUGACAUGAAGUGCACUUCAUCGGCCAACGUGGUGCAAGGUGAAGUCGACGGGGACCCUUGAUGCUGGAAUAUUGCUAAAAGCAGCGUAAAACCGUACUCACUCACUCACUCUACACGCCCCCAUCCAUGUGGUAAGGCGAUGCCAGUACCAUAUCAGACGUAAAGGACAUUGUUUAUAUGUGUUGUAAAAUAUGCUUUUUGAAAGGUUGUAAAAUAUGUUUUGGGAACGGUUGUAAAAUAUGUUUUUUGAAAGGUUGUAAAAUAUGCUUUUUGAGAUGUUGAGAGUCGCGAUUGUGUCCCUUUCUAAUGGUCUACGCUGCUUCAUCUUGUUUUCAACCUCUGAAGUUAAGUGUUCUGCCUCGACAAACAUAUACAUGCUGUAUUUAUCGACUUGUUCUUCCAUGUAAAUAUGUCCACAGCGAAGUCCUCCAUGUCAUACAAACAAAUAAAUUGUGUUUAUUAUUCCAUAAUAACAUAAUAAAUCCAAACUUUAUCAACUGACUCCUCUUUGAACUAUGU